CGUUGACGUUGCGGCCGCACACGAAAUCAAGGCGAUUGCCGCAAACAAGCAGAAGAACACACCCCAAAUGCAGUUCAGGAUAGUACCGGAAAUAGAUCGAAUCUCGCUCGGGGGCGCGGCUCGUAGUUCCAAAAAAAUACUGAGUCCGCGUCAAGCUAAAUUGUUAGACAAGGUCAAGGAGGUUGUGCAUCCAGAGAGUCCAACAGCACAUGCUGCUACGCGUGAGAAGAAAGCUGAUCAUCCCCCAGGCUCGCCGCACAGUCAUAGCAAACCUGCACUACCACACUUUCCUUCACACGGCACGAAAGCAGGUGCACAGUCACACGCUCCAGAGCCGGCUCAAUCGACGCCGCGAAGGGAGUUGACGCCGAGAAAAGCAGCACUACCAAAAGUGUUUCACUCUCCACGAGCGGCCCAAUCUCCACGAGGAUCCCCCCAAUCACCGCGAAUGGUGCAAUCUCCACGCAUGGCACAUCAAUCACCACGAACAGCACCAACACCGUCGCAAGAAGUUCAUCAAGCGCCAAAGGAGCGGCCACGACCACAAAAGAGAACGUCACAAGCUCAACAAGCACGAAAGUCACAAUCAACGCAGAUGCAACCGCGAAAAAAAUCAGAGGAAGAAACAACCACUACCACAUCCACGGCGGUUAAAGAUAACAACGUAGUAGUAGGAGAGAAGAAGAGAGCAUCGUCUGCAUCUCGGAGUUCUAGAACCUCUUCUCCUGAGGCAGAUCAGAAGAAGUCUGGAGGAGGUGGUCUCUUCUCUGCGAUCGGUAGUUUCUUUGGGAUGGGGAGUCCCAGGCAGGAAAAACAAGUCGAGGAGCCCUCUUCUGCGCAAGUUCCUCAAACUAGUACGCUGGCUGCACCUCCUCAAUCUCAAACAGUUGUAGCGGAGUACACACGUGCACAGGGCCUGGCAGCUUCAGCAUCUCCGACCCCAUCAGAAGCUGCUCAAGUACUAGAAGUUCGUGCGAAGACGGCCUCGCCACCAGUAGUAUCCUCAACAGGACGCGCUGGAGAUCGAACGAUAGUCACAAUCAACCCGCUUGGAAGUGUGGUAUCUCCUCAGACGGCGUCCCCUGGACCAGCUGCAAGGGUUCUAGAAGCUCCACAUCUGUCACCAGGAAGUCGGCUUCGCCCCGUUGUCGUUCCUCAGCUGCGCUCACCAAGCCUGAAGCCGAGAUUCGAUAGGUACUUAUUCAAAAACUACAACUAGUGUAAGUGUAUCCUAAUGAUCUUUGCACCAUGUACUGUGAACACAAGUACACACACUAUGUGUUGAACACAAUACAACAUGUAUAUUACAUAGAAGUAUCAAGUACACACACACAGAGUGAGAACUCUUACUCUAAACUACCCUAGUAGACUUAUUGCAAAAAAGCACCCUUUCUGAGGAUUUCAAAUUGAACAUGAAUACUUAAUCGCUGCACCACCAACAUACCACUACCGUAACUCCAUUAGACGACCGCUGACUCCACCUCAAAUUAUGCGGUUGCCAAGCGCUCCAGCAGCGCAGACAUCUCCGCCAGGCGAAAGACGAGCAAUGCCAGGAUUGCAGCCUCCUCAACACUUAGCCCUCCCGAAACCAGUAUUGGCUCUAGCGUCUCCGCUGAGGGCUGCUGGUUCACCAGGAAGCACAGAGGACAGUAACGGAGGACGAGAGAACGUAGUCGGAUCUUCUGUUGCUCCGUGGAUGAUGCAGCUUGGAGCGGCCACUGGUGCAGCAGCGUCGGGAACGUCAAGCGUGAAAGUGUUGCCUCCACCGCGAGUGAGCGGAAUUAUCGCGGCAUCGCGAUUACCAGCGCACAUGAUAGGGACUUCACCGUGGACACGGACCAGACUGUUGAAAGGGAAUACAGCUCAAGUUGGCGAUAUGGUGGCUGAUUCGAUCAAGCGUGAUGCUAGGAAUGAAAAUGUGAAUCAGAUGAAUCAGGAGAAACAAGAGCAGCCCUUGGAGGACACGGAAGCGAACAUCGUAGACCAUGCUAGUCCUAGGGAUGCGGCUUCUCCUGCUGCACUCCGGCGUCGUAGCUUGUGGGAACGGAGUCAAAAAGGCAC